CGUCAGUCAACGGUCAGUCAACGGGCGCUGAGCUACACUCGAGGAUAGCGCGAUGCCGCCGCCAGGACGCGGCUUUGGACCCGGCCCAGUGCACCGGCCACCGCCCGGACCCGGCUUUCGGCCAGGACCCUAUGGCCCCGGACCGCCGCCACCCGGACGCACCAAUGUCAAUGUGGAUGUCAAUAUUGGGGCACGCCCGCCGCCCAUUGGCGUGGGCAUUGGCUUUGCACCGCCGCCGGUCGUUAUUGGUGCGCCUCCAAUUGUAAUCGGUGCUGCACCACCACCACCGCCAGUUGUUGUCGAAACCUACGGACCGCCACGACCCGCAGUGGUUACAGCGCGUGUGCAGCCGCCCGUUGCCACAGCCACUGUCUACACACAGCCGGAAGUCUGUUGUUGUGUUAUUCUCUAGACGAAGUGUGCGUGUGAUUUGUGUGUAAAUAUCUGUAUCUUUAUAACCAAAUGAGCAUCUUCCAUAUGUUCUCUAAAUCCAUAUCCUAUAUAUUGUGACUGUGAAUAAAUUGUUAAGUUUUGUGAGCGCAAAUCUGUUGCCGAUUUCACUGAAGAGCUGAAGAAAUUGAAUAUUAAUUGUGUUAUCUUUAAAUUUAUCUAAACUUAUCAAUGCGACACUUUAAAGAAUUCCCCUUGGGACUGAACCAUUUAAAUAGGACAGUCUUUUGCAGCUGUCAAAGGCCAGAUAACUUAUUCUAGGUUUGAAAAAUGAGACUGUUAACGGGCUGUUAACAGGAAACACGUAACAAAGAAAAACGUA